GCUCAAGUGAAAUGGCAGUGUCAUAAAGUUUAAUAGCUUAUGGGUCUGAUCAGAAAGUACAGAAGUUAGUGGUUAGGAGCAAAGAAACCAUCUUUUUUGUAAAACGAUUUAAAAAGCAAUGGCGAUUUGUUGAAAGUUGUUUUUCAUCAUGCUCCCUAGGCAAAAUGUUGAUGUAUUGUGUUCACUUCAAUUUAUUCUAUAAAGUUUCUUUACUUGGUCUUAAAAAAGGACUUUGUACACUGCCUCUUUUAAUUGGAGAAUGUAAAAGGAAGCAGAACAAUAAAUUGACAAAGUUAUACAAAAUCUAGACCAAAGGCUUCAAAUAAACUGCAGUGUUGAAAAUACGGUAGCAUAAAAUAGCAUUUUUGAGAAUAUGUCUGCAUGUUGCCAUUGUCAUUUCCUACAGUCUCAGUUUGUUAUUUAUGUGACAUACUCCUCUCCAUCUGGCAUUGAAAAUAUCUCAUUACCUUUGCAUCAGGCAUGAAACGGCACAAUCCAAACCAAGGUCUUUUGGAUUUGCUGCAGAUGGAAAGAUUGAGAGAUAGUGAAGGCAAAGCAAACAUUCAACCUUGACACUUGAUACGGUGUGAUUAUAGAAGAGAUUAAGGACGGCAUUAAUUACAGUUUAAUUUAUGUGUUAGUAAAUCAUGUAACAAUCUGAAUGUUUGAAUUAAAAAAAACAACAACAGCAAACAAACAAAUGUGUUCUGUACAAGAUGUGUUUUUUCAAUCAACAAUGUAAACGAUACAAGUCAGAGAUCUCAAAGAUAAAAUACUGUUAAUUGAAACUACAGUACAUAUUCAGUUCUUUUCUUCAUUUACCUAAUGGAUUACAAGGUCAGCAAGGGAACGGUCACACACUCGGUCACGCGCACACACACACACACACACAAACGGGGCAGACGUAAGCAAGGUAUAAAAGCUAUGCCUGUUUCUGAGAAGAGAGAUUAAUCACAUCUUGCAGGAAGUCAAGAACAAAGGUAAUUUUUCAAAUGAAAUAUUUGUGAGCUUAAAGAAUACAUUUAAAAUGUACAAAUGUAGCAAAUUCUGAGAAGAAUGAUCCGUGUAUGUAUUUGAUGUAUUUUGAAAAUAUGAGUCCAGUUCUGUAAAGUAUGUUCUAUUUUAGUUUUUUUUUUUUCCUUUUUCGCUUCUAUUAUAGCCACCAUGUUUUGGACAAGAUAUGCUGGAGCAAGUAUAUUAUUUUUUUUAAUGCUUAUUCAUCUUGGACAACUGUAUCCAAGAAAUGAUAUGAAUAACUUUGGAUGUGAGGAGUGCAAACUCAAAGAGAACAACAUUUUCUCAAAACCUGGAGCUCCUGUCUAUCAGUGUAUGGGAUGCUGUUUUUCUAGGGCUUACCCCACGCCCCUGAGGUCUAAGAAAACCAUGCUUGUUCCAAAAAAUAUCACAUCAGAAGCUACAUGCUGUGUAGCCAAAGAAGUUAAACGGGUGCUUGUCAAUGAUGUCAAACUAGUGAACCACACAGACUGCCACUGCAGCACCUGUUACUAUCAUAAGUCUUAAAAAAUAUUGUGACAUUCAAGAUUUGCUUGUGUUUGCCUAAAACUAGUUAUAUUCCCGUCUACCUGUCAUUUUAUGCCAAUUAUAAGAAUUUUGUUUGUUGUGCAUAUUUACUUUUCUACCAUGCACUUUUCUUCUAUAAUUGUCAAAGCUGGGUGGUUUUUCCACCACUUCUUUUCCAAAAGGUUGCCAUCAUUAUUGUAACCAACAUCUAAAGAGCACAGAAUGUGAUAUUUUAUCAUUAAUAAAAAUCAAAGAAAACAUCAUCACUGCACUCUGCUUGAUGUUAGU